GUCGAACUCUGGCAGAUCAGCAUCACAAGGGGCAGUUCAGUUCGAGAUGAAUUGACUUCCCCGAAAAACUCCUUAACCACCACCUCAGCAAGUAUUCUGCAGGUGUUUAAUCUAAUUGAAUCAUGGCUGCAAUGAACGGCGGCCGCAUGGGUCUGGGUAUGUCUUCAGAGGCUGAGGAGCUCCUGCAACUCCUUCAGCAGGUUCUCUCACAGGAGAUUGUCUCUGUGAAGGCUUUGGUUUUGCAACAACUGGCCCAGUACCGUGAGGAAUUCGAUGCGCGCAUGUCCAAGCUGGAAGAUCGACUUGAAGUUGCCGAUGGCUUCGGCCGGGAGAACGCUUCCAAGGUCUCGUCAUCUCUUUCGCAGGCUGCCACACGCUUCUUCCGGAAGAGUGAAGGAGGACUCAGCGAAUCUGAGCUGCUUUCCUCCAGGACGGUACACUCACCGCGUGACCAUGAGGGGCGGCCACUGCUGGAGGGCCCUGUUGCUGGUGGUCUUUCCCUGUUCAUCAGUGGUGCCAGCACGCAAGGCUUACCCACGAGGCUUGGCGAUCUCCGUCCAGUGCCGGAGAUGCCAGAGGAAGCGACGCCUCCGUUGAGGGCACGGAGUGAACGCGAGGGAAUUCGCGAAGAGGUCACAAGACCUUAUGUCAACGCCGCUAACACCGACGAUCUUGGCCCAGGCUCACAACCUCCAGAUGCCAAGGCUGCCGAGCUUCAUCGCACCCUGCACCAGAAGGUGGCCAUGGCCGCGGUAGCAGUGCGUGAGGCUGCAGAUGCCGCCAAGAUUGCGCAGUGCAAAAGCUCUCAACCGGCGAUGUCGGCCCCAAAGGAGAACAAGAUGGUGUGCGCAAGCACACAGACGACGACAAAUACUGUGGGCCAUGCAAUCCCAGUGGUGCGUCUUCCAGGUAGACCCCACGCCUACAGCAUUGCUCCAGUUGUGUCAAGGUCAGCCUCUGUGCCACCCUCCAAAGUCAUGGUGGCUCCUCCGGCCCCGAUGUGGAACCAUCAGGUGCAAAGCCCAAGAGUUCGAGUUGGAAUCCAUCAAGGAGUCCACACGCCUCGCACUCCUUCCAGUACGCCUAGCACACCAGCGACGAGACAAAUGCUUUGAAUCCAUUGCCAA